GACGCUGUUCUCUCACAUCGCAAACAUCCUGCGCACAACCAAAACAACGCGCACGAUUUUUUUUUUCCGUUGCUUGUCGUCGUCUUUCUUGUGUCGGCGCGCUCUGACUUCACACACAGACAGAUAGUGGCAGCAGAUGAGUGGCGCAGGCCGUAAGCAUCGGGCAAAGCACCUUACCCGGCAGUAUCUUGAUGUGUCUGGGUGGGUGGGCCCCAAGGAGGGUGAGACGCUGGCGGUGUGCUUGGAGUCGCCCCAUGGACAACACGUGCGCGUUCUCCUGCUCUUUGCGCAUCCCGAAAACGUGCCCAAGUUGAGCGAAGCGGACGCCGAGGCUGAGAAUCAGACCGCCGUGGCGCCGGCGUCUGGUGGCGACAACACCGCUUCGGCAAGCCCCGCCCCAGAGGAACAGGCGGGGGCGCUGCUCGAGAAGGAGCAGCUCGUUUUCCUGCCCCGCAAGUUCCACAAAGUUAUCUGGCUCAGCAUCAAGGACAUCGUCGUGGUGUCUGACGGUACUGUCACUUUCAAACCCUCGCCGGAGCAGCUCGAGAACUUCUUGAAGGACCCUGCGCACGGUGCGUGGCGGGAGCGAGUUAGCGCGGCGCAAAAGAAGGCGGAGGAUCAACGGGUGGCGGUGCAACGCAUGCCGCAGUAUGGCUCUACCACCCACACCACCACAUCUGUCUUGACAGGCCCACAGGUGCACCGUGGAACGCAGCAGAGCGACGAUGGGGAAGACGGUGAAGAAGAAGUGGAUGAGCUGGUCAACCCGAAUCGCGGCAACAUUAAGCAUCACCAGCAGUUUUUCUACGGCAUGGACGACGACUCGGAUACAGAGGAUGACGACGAAGAAGCCGCACAAGAUAACUGA